CACCAAACUUUGGGAGGUGUUGGUUUUGUUCAGCACUAAACUGGCUUCUGUCAUAUCAUAUGUUGGUGAAUAACUUGGCAGAGAAGAUUCAAAAAGCAUUAAACAUUGGGGUUUUGGCAUUAAACUGGUUCUUGUUACAUUAUAUGUUGGUGCAUAACUUGGCAGAAAAGAUUCAAAAAAGCACCAAACUUUGGAAG